AUGUUGAUUUUGUCUGUUUUGUUAAAACCUAUAAAGUUUCAACCCCAAUUGAUCGGUUUCAAAAAAUAUUUGAAUGUCAAACGUUUGAAUGAUGGAAAUAAGUCAUAUGGUGAUUUUGAAUAUGGUGUUGAUUAUCCUGUUGAAUGUCAUGUUGAAUGUGACAUCGAUGAAUGUGCGGAGGGUGAUCCAUGUGGUUUCAAUACGAACUGUACGAACACAAACGGUUCUUACACGUGCGAGUGUUUAUUUGGGUUUGAAGGGAAUGGAACAAAUUGCACAGAUAUCAACGAAUGUGAACGAGAUGCUCCGUGUCAUACAAAUGCAACUUGCACAAACGUGGAUGGAUCAUACUAUUGCGCUUGCAAAGCAAACUUCAGUGGAGAUGGCUUCUUUUGUGAAGUGUUGACGUGCAAAGUGGAAGCCAUAUACUAUGCAACAACCGAUGCUAUCAAAGGCGUAUUCUCUGACGGUAACACAACAGUGACCAUAUUAUCCGCAACCAACGUGAAACUAAAUUAUGAUUCUGGGACUAAAAGACUCCUCUACUACGAUGGCACCAGUCUUAUCACAGUUAAAUUGGACGGAAGAAAUAUAACGAAGCUUAGUCCAACCGAUAUUGCUAAUGUUGUCGACUUGGAUAGUGAUCCAGAUAACAGUUCCCUUGUGUUUGCUGACGCCAACAAAGGAGACAUUGUUCGCUAUUUUCUCGACAAAGACACAAAUGAAGUUGUUUACCACAACGACACAUCACCAAAAUACCUGACAGUUGAUCCUCAAUAUGAAGUUAUUUAUUGGAUUGAUUAUAUCGUUCCUAGUGAUAGUUAUUCUCUUAUGAAAACAUAUUUCAAUGGUUCAACGUCUGAAGUCAAGUUCUACCCUGGUACAACAAGUUCAGUAAACGUUGCAAUAGGGAAAGAUAAUUUCUAUGUAAUGGAUAGCACAAGGAAACGUAUAGAUGUGUUUGACAGACCCAAUGCUACUUUCCAAUAUUCAUUUUUUCUCAGUGAUUCACCACAAGAAAUAACUGUUGUUGAAGAUUUGGAUGAAUGUUGUAUUGGUGGAUAUUGUCAUGAUAAUGCAACGUGUACAAACACACCAGGAAGUUAUUUCUGCACAUGCAAGGAAGGCUAUACUGGGAUAGGAACUAAUUGUGAAGAAAUCAAUGCAUGUCAAACAAAUCCUUGUGAUGUAAAUGCAAAUUGUACCAAUAUCGAUGGUUCAUACAAUUGUACUUGUCACAUGGGCUAUGAAGGCAAUGGUUAUAACUAUAUCAAUGAAUGUCAAACCAAUCCUUGUGGUGUAAAUGCAAAUUGUACUAAUACUGAUAAAAUCAAUGCAUGUCAAACAAAUCCUUGUGAUGUAAAUGCAAAUUGUACCAAUAUCGAUGGUUCGUACAAUUGUACGUGUCACAUGGGCUAUGAAGAAAUCAAUGCAUGUCAAACAAAUCCUUGUGAUGUAAAUGCAAAUUGUACCAAUAUCGAUGGUUCGUACAAUUGUACGUGUCACAUGGGCUAUGAAGAAAUCAAUGCAUGUCAAACAAAUCCUUGUGAUGUAAAUGCAAAUUGUACCAAUAUCGAUGGUUCGUACAAUUGUACGUGUCACAUGGGCUAUGAAGAAAUCAAUGCAUGUCAAACAAAUCCUUGUGAUGUAAAUGCAAAUUGUACCAAUAUCGAUGGUUCAUACAAUUGUACUUGUCACAUGGGCUAUGAAGGCAAUGGUUAUAACUAUAUCAAUGAAUGUCAAACCAAUCCUUGUGGUGUAAAUGCAAAUUGUACUAAUACUGAUAAAAUCAAUGCAUGUCAAACAAAUCCUUGUGAUGUAAAUGCAAAUUGUACCAAUAUCGAUGUUUCGUACAAUUGUACUUGUCACAUGGGCUAUGAAGAAAUCAAUGCAUGUCAAACAAAUCCUUGUGAUGUAAAUGCAAAUUGUACCAAUAUCGAUGGUUCGUACAAUUGUACUUGUCACAUGGGCUAUGAAGGCAGUGGUUAUAACUGUACAGAUAUCAAUGAAUGUGAAACAAAUCCUUGUGGUGUAAAUGCAGAUUGCACUAAUACUGAUGAAUUUUUUGGGGGGAAAAGUAUAGAAAAAGAUUACUAUACAGAUUAUCGAAAUCAAACUGAAGAUAAUUCUUGCCAACGUUAUCUGUAA